AUGUAAAUAAAAAAGCAAAAAUUAUAUACAAUUCUUAAUAAAAUAAUAAAUAUAUUAAGGUUUUAGAAAUAGAUUAUACCUAAUAGUGUAUCAAAUAUAGCUAUUGGACUCCAGAAGAAGAUAAUCUAUUAAUUUUAUUACAUUAAUAACAUAAAGGUGAUUUCAAUAAAAUAGCUUAAUCACAAGGAAUAAACAAAUCAUACAUGCAAUGCUUAUAAAGAUAUUAAAAAAUAAAAAAUAAAAUAAUUAAUCGCAAAGUUACAUUUACUUUAGAAUAGGACUAAAAAUUAAUUUAAAUGGUCGAAAAAUAUGGAAAUAACUGGUCGUAUAUUUCCCAAAUUUUCAAAGGAAGAAGCAGUAAACAAGUGAGAAAUAGGUAUAUAAAUAAACUUUGUAAAAGCUAAAAUUCAAAUAAAUGGACUGAAUAGGAGGAUGAGUUAUUACUUUUGAAUUAUUUGGGGCAUGGU